GCUUUUCAUUUAUCGCGGUCCCUUUCUCCCUCUUUCACAGAAUAGUCACUUUUGGCAUAACCUUGAACAGUGGUGCUCUCCAUUCUGAAGUUUAUGCAAGUUGACGAUUUUUUUUUGUCCUAUUUACUUUUGGAAUCCCCAUCGUAUGACGAACGGAAUCGCGCUUGUGUCGCAGCAUUGCGAAUUGCGGAAAACGAGUGUAAUCGUUGCCCCCGCACACAGGUGGUAGUGUUUUGAUCGAAGUUCGAGCCCGGAAGCGAACGCGUGUCAAAAAGAAGAAUCGAGAACAUAAAGUGAAAACGGGAAUAGAGGUGCUGUGUUGACUGACGACGUCUUCAUCUUUGGUCGGAUUUUUCCGGUCUCAUUUCUCGGGAACUGCUAUCGUGCCGAGUGUGUGGAGUGUUUGUUGGAAAGAGAAAGUGGAACAACCCGGAAUCGCACGACCUGCAACAGAAAAUCAGCGUGAGAGAGUGAGACAAGACAAACGUCGUAUCUCACCAGAAUCAAAUUUGACAGUUCGGCGCUAUUUAUUUUAUUUUAUUACAUUUCGCUGCUCUAUCGACUCCGUGACACUGACUAAUGACGACGGUGUCGCGCGUGCGGCUGUUUCUGUGAAUGUAUAUUCAACGUGACGAAGCAGGGAAACGCAAUAAAAAAAAAUCGUGGAAAAAAGAACCGAUGAAGGUGUGGAUGAAUACAGUAUACAGAAGUUUGAUGCAACGCGACAUGAAAGCAAUGCACUGCUUCAGAACAACAACCGUACUGUUCUCGUCCGGACGAGGCCGUUUUCCUGUUCCUUUGCUGAUAUUGCUCGCUUUGUCGAUCGCGUUCGUAUCGAGUCUAGCCAGUGAAGUGCAAAGCGAUGACAUUCAGCCCAACACAAGGCCAGUAUACUCAGCACAACAGCAACAACAACAACAGCACAAAGCCCCUACACAUCAUCAUAAUGAUCGCGGUGGGUCUCGAGGUGACCCGGUAGGCUCAACUCCGCUCAGUAGUAGUGGUAGCAACGCUCAAUCAGAUGGAAGCCCUCCGAAAUUGUCAUCGUCUUCCACCAGCAGUCAGACUGGCAGUACCGUUAGUUCCUCUCAACAACAACAACCCUCGCCACCUUCGCACCCAUCCAGCCGGAUGCUGGAGACACGCAAUUCGUACGCUGUCCUGAGCCAGGCUAUGUCCCAGGCCGUUCAUCACGAAUUCGAUUUCUUGUUUUUAAUUUCAGGCACCUACGGGAGCGGUUCGGCGGACGGUGCCUGCAGCCUGGAUGAUCUGGACUGUAUCGCCCAUCACGAUCACCUCGGGAUGGAGGCAAUCCGCUCGCUCCACCGGCAGCUGGAUGACGACGACAACGGAGACAUCGAUCUGUCCGAGUCGGAUGAUUUUCUCCGCGAGGAGCUCAAGUACGACUCGGGCUACGAGAAGCGCCACAAGGCGUUCCACUUCAACGACGACAUGCACAUCUCGGUGAAGGAACUGUGGGAGGCUUGGCUCCGCUCUGAGGUACACAAUUGGACGGUCGAUCAGACAACGGAGUGGCUGGCGCAGAGCGUCCAGCUGCCGCAGUAUGUGCACCUCUUCCGGCAGCAUAAGGUUACGGGCAAGGUGCUGCCUCGGCUGGCCGUAAACAAUAUGCACUACGUGAGCAAUGUGCUUGGCAUUAAGGACCCGAUCCACAAGCAGAAGAUCGCCUUGAAGGCGAUGGACGCGGUGCUGUUUGGGCCUCCGAGAGAAACCGGAACACGGUGGAAGGAUUUGCUGCUGGUAACGCUGCUGCUGACCGCGAUUAUAGGGAGCUGGUAUGCCUAUCAGCAGAAUAAGAACGCCAAGAUUCACCUCAAGCGGAUGGCGAAGGACGUGGAAGGGCUGCUGAAGGCGGAGGUUGCGUUGAAAGAUAUGCAAAAGGAACUUGAACGCGCCCGCCUGGAACAGGAGAAUGUCGGCAAGGAGAAGAUGGAUCUGGAGCGUCGUCUGCGGGAGGCACCUUCUCUGACGUCUUCCAACUCGGACCUGGAGCUACAGCAGCUGAAGCAGGAGAUUGAGAUGCUUCGAUCGGAGCUUUCGCGAGCCGAGGUCGAGAUCAACGAUCACUGCUGGACGCCACCGCAAGGCUUGCAAAAUUGGCUGCAGCUAACGUACGAACUGGAGAACAAGCAGCACAUCCGGAAGCGAAUCGUGGCCGAGAAGCAGCUGAUGUCCGCCCGGGAGGCGUGCGAGAAGCUAAAGAAGAAACGAUCCAGCUUGGUGGGGGCAUUUGUGUCGACCCACGGCAAGAGUAUAGACGACGUGGAUCGCAGCAUCGUGGAGGCGAGAAAUGCGCUGAACGAUGUGACCAACGAGCUGCAGGAGCGAAUGUUCCGGUGGAGGCAGAUCGAGCAGCUGCUCGGUUUUAGCAUAGCCAACAACAAUGGUCUUCCCUAUCUGGAGAAUCUACUGUACAACAGAAACGGUGGUGGCAGUAAGAGCUAUCGAUCAUCGCGUCUCUCGAGCAGCCAGGACGACUUAGAUGACGAUUCCGUGCAAGCCUAUAUUCAAUGGUCCGAUCCGCAAGCUCUGACUUGGUGUCCCUGGAAUCCCCAACGCUAUCUCUUCCACCGCCAGUUACAGGCACUGCACCGGGAGUACAGCUCCAGCGCCUCUUUGAUGGCAGCUACCUUCCCCAGCACUACCACCACCAACAACAACAACACCAGCAACAGCAGCAGCAACAGCAAUCUGCUAAGCAACUUCCGUCGCAGUCGGCACAGCCGACAUCGGGGGACGGUAGCGUCACUUCCAGCGGUAUUGAGCUCGGAGGAGGAGGAGCAGCAGCAGGGCAGUCUGCAGCCUCUGCUGGGCCGGAGCUCGACACCUACUCGACCGAUUCGUCCUCCUUCGAUGGGGGAGACGUCAAACGACGACGACGGAGGCUGCACUUUCCCUUCGGGAAGAAGUUCAGCAAGACCAAGAAGACCCAAUGAGGAGGGGGGACGACUUGAUGACGAUUCGGAUGAGCGGCUGGCGAAGGCGACGACGAAGAAGAAGAAGCGCAGAAAAGAGGCGACAAAAGAAAGAAAACAGCAACGGAAGGGUGAUGAUGAUGAUCGACAGAUGCAAUUUCGCAGAAAUGAGGAGCGACGGAGCAGCAGUAUUUGACGGAAGUGGGACCUCGCCAUCGGCAGCAUCCGGAGAGUGGUCAGUCGGCGAAGAGAAGCGGAGGAAAAAUGUGAUAUGAGAAACACGAAACGUACCGACGGUUAACAAGUAGGCAGCAACACCAACCAACAAUAACCGCUUCAAAAACGCAAGCUUUAGAAGGGGUAAGUCAUGGUUGCACCAUCGCGCCAUACCGUCAGGAGAAGGUUUUCAAUGAUUGAGUAGAUUUCAAUCGAUUCAUAACUGAAGUCACUGUGGUUUUGUGGAAAUUUUGUUACAGUUGUCAUUAUUUUUUGUUGCUUUUUUUAGUUUCGAAAACGACUUAUUUCACGGUUGAGUGUUGUAUGUAGAUAAAUCGAAUCAUUGUGGCAAAAUAGUGUAUACAAAAAAUAGAGAGGAACAACUUCGCUAUUGAACCGCAUGAUAACCACGAUCCAGACCCGUUCAAUGUAACGAGCCCAUUUUUUUAGGGCGCAAGGUAAACCAUGUUGAACAUGUGACCCGGUGUAGCGUACUUACAUACUUUUAUUCUAUCAUGGUAGGGCACAAUUCGGCGCAAGCGCGAGAUAGCGAACACAAGCGGAUUCAAAAAAGUCUGACAAAAUUUUAGUGUUGUAAUAUUUCGCGCGUGUGUGUAGAAGCAAAACGAAGAAUUUUAGAACUUUAUUUUGUUAAUUUAAAUAGUAGAUGUAUUGCAGAGCAAAAAUUAUAUAUUGAAAACGUUUGAAACAAACGGAACUAUUUGAGAAGUUUUACGAGGAACUUACACGGCAAAUUUUUGAAGAAACUUGUUCGUUCAGAGACGAAUACGUCGUACAUCAUUCGCAAAGCAUGAAUUUGAGCUCUGUUGAUUACUUAGUAAUUUACUUAAACCAACGCGGGGUGUGAGUCCACCGUUUGUAUGUAGAUGACACAGCGAGAGUAAUCGUUCUUCGUCUAUUUCGUCAAGAAUGUGAGAGUUACAGUCGUUAAAUUCGGAUGGAUAUAACCAAAUGUUGAGGAAACUUCUUAUUAAAAUCAUGACUUCGAGUCUCGCAAAUAUUAGUAUUACUUCAACAUGUAACGCUGCUUCUUGUCCAUAUCACGGAUAUUGGCUUUUGAAAUAUCGAAUACAUAGUUGAAUCUCUUGAACACCUGAUUCAAAACACUUUGAACAAUCGUAUGUAUGGCUUUUCAAUUGUAUUGCUUUACUUUUGGAUGGGUUUGCUUCCUUUGCUCUCGGUCUUGAGACGCUGCUUCACGAAUAUAGGCUUCUAAAAUAUCGAAUAUUAGCUGACUUGAUGAACUUCGUCGCGAUGUUUUGAUAUGAAUACUUUCAAACAUCCACGUUUCCUUACUAAGCGAAUGUUUGUGGGUCCAAUCGCAGAUUGAUUGAUUUCUGAUUGGUCCUUUAAAAUUUCCUUUUACUAUAAAUUUCAUUGAAUUUUUCCACCAAAACUCGGAGCGCACAUUUUUAGAGAAGGGAGAUAUGUCAAGCCAUCAUAGAAACACUUCUCGUACCCAAAAACCUCUCAUGCCAAAUGUGACUCCAUUUGCUUGUUUAGUUUUCGAGUUAUGCAGAAAUUUGUGUUUCCUUUGUACCGGAGUCCUCCCUUCCAGAGAGGGGAGGGGUCUCGAAUCAUCAUGAGGUUACGUGCCUGAUUCAUUGUUCAAACGUUAGAUCCUGAAGUAAAGUUCGGUAUCUAUUAAGUAGCAGAAAAGUGCUGCUACUUUCCAAUCGUCACUCAAUAUAUUUCGUACACCCCCGUUGAUUUCACAGAGGUUUCGCAUUUUAUCGUUUUUCGGGCAACCACAAACGAAAUAUUCGAUGGAGUUGUGAAUUUGGCAGUGGUCGCAGAGUAGACAAAAAGGCCCUCUGUUGAAUCCGUGUAAUACCGAGCAGUGACCGGUCUUCAUACAGGACAGGGCUCGUUGUUCUCUCAUUCUUUUUUUUCGUCAUCGAACCUGGCAAUCGAGCUCUUGACUUUUCUGAGAAAUUGCUCUCUUUCUAUGUACCAUGUUUCGGUCCAAAAGGUGCGAGUUGAUGAUCCACAACAUCACGUCGUCAAGCGGCACUUCCCGAGAAAAAAACUGCCCGGUGUGACCGAUACCGGUGAAUCGUUCGGCCGCUCUAUUCCCUGUGGUAUCACUUUGUCCGAGAACCAACAUGAGCACAGUGGCGGACAAUAGGCACUUCCUGAUGGCUUAUACCCAUUGAUGUUUGGACCUGACCUCACCGAUGGGGUUGCCUCGAAGAUGCCGGCCACCUCGGUCACCUCGGCCGAGAAAACCUGGCAGAUGUCCGCGAGUUUCUUGCUGGAAUCCAGACUAUUAUUAACAUCGUCCACCCCUAAUCCAAAUCCUGGUGGUUCUUUUGAACCGUCCGGAUAUCUGAUCCCACUCGGAAGAUCGUCUAGCACUCGGAUUUCGUUGUUGACGCUCUUGAAGAUAAGGUCGUUAUUCGAGUGUCCAACGAAACGACGAAAAGCAGCGAUUAAUUUGGCUGUCGACACUAACGCCAAACGGAAGCAAUUACAUUGGUGCAGAAGCACACGAAGGCAUUGAUAUAGCAGCUGGUGGUGGAUGGGCUUGAGUUGCAAUGGGAUGAGAAUAUCUUGACGAACGAUCUUGAAGUGACCGGAAGGUAGAGGCAGCAUUUCGAUGAACACCUGAAUAGCGUACUGGCAGAAGACCAACAUAUUGACGGAAGCGAUUAUGUUGGUGCAAAAAAACCAGAAAAAUUGGUUAAUGUUUGCAUCAAAUUGUCAAAAUUUGAAAAGCAGAACCGCUACCGGUGGAGCGGGAAGAGGAAGUUAUUUGUCCUAUCCUCAAUAAAGGCGAAAAAUUAAACUAUAAAAACAUUCGUGCAAUCACGGUCCUGAAUGCCGCCUCCCGUCGUCUAUCGCCACUAACGAACAGAUUCGUAAGAAGUUAUCAAUUAUCGGGUUCAUCGAAGGUCUGUCUACUACUGACCAUGACUUUGCCUCGUGUGAGUUCUUCCAGAAAUGUCGUGAGUACAGAGUCUCUACGUACUACGUUGGCCUGGUUGCCAACGCUGAUCGAGGAUUUCGAAUUUAGAACAAUUUCUUUCCGAACUUAGGAUUGAACUUGAUCUUGUUUCUCUUUACGCGAAUAUGAAAUGAAUUGGGCUGACUCGUUUUGAUAAUUUAAUUGAACUGAUUUAUUGAGUAAGUAUCCGGACUAUAUAUACACAAAUUCUUACUCUAGGUAAAAAUUAAAAGGGAGAGAAAAGAUCUCCCUUUUCUACUCGGAUAACCGAAACCGCAUCGGUUAUCUGCCUGCUUUUUUGCCAUUUUUUUUCCAUUCGUGUUCCUUAUCUUCCACUACGCCACUCGCGCGCCACUCUCCACCACGUGCGCUUGCGCUGCACUAUGGUUUAUUGCUCUGAUCCUCCAUUUGUGCGUCACAAAAUAUGCACCGCUUAUCGCUUGAACACAUGCGUUUAGCGUCCUAUUCCAUUCGUCCUAUUCCUUCUCUGAACGAGACCUGAACAAAAUAGUUUUUAUCGCCUCUCGGGUGGCUCUCGGCUUGGGUCUUAUCAAAACAUGCUUCCCACGAAAAAGGGUUCAAGUGGCGCUGCAAAUUUGAUGUUUGAUUAUUUUCUUUUAUUUUGACGUGGGACUACGUCUAACUGGAAUAUAUGGAGGGUAAAAUGAAAACCUAAACACAGAACAUGCAGGAAAAAAUGAAAGAUUUCGAAUGCUUAUAGCUCGAACAUUUCGUACUGGAUAGGAGAGAUGUUUGCAUCACUUGAUAGGGAAUAUUUCUACGCAUCUAUCGCAACUAACAAAAUGUUGUUUUUCAUUAGAUAAACAAUUGAAUAACUGUAAAAUAUUAGGCGUUAUCUAAACGCCCUAACUGCAUCGUUUUGAUUGGCCCGAUUUACGGUUUCCCUAACACAGCCAUCAAAACCAAGCAGCCUUGGGGAAAUCGGCAUUGCAAAUACAUGAAAGUAGGGGGACUUUUGUUCUCAUCGAAAAAUGUUCCCUAACACAGACUUUAAAACCAAGCAGCGAAAUCGGCAUUGCAAACACACGAAAGAGCCUAG